ACCGCCGCCGCCGUCGUGCCGGAGUUCGAGCCUGAAGAUGGUUCUACGGCGGAGGCGGGGAUGUUUUCCGACGAUAUUGAUAGUACUUGUUCCACUCCUUAUGUUAGUGCUCCGUCAAGUCCAGGACGUGGGCAACCAUAUAGUGGCUUCUAUUACAGUGCUCCGGCGAGUCCUAUGCACUUUGUAUUGUCGACUACUAGUGCGAAAAAUAGUGUUGGCACUACUAAAAUUUCAUCACCUUCUGAAGAUUUCGACUUCUCCGCUAGAAUGGCCGCCGACGGCGGCGGUGCUGCAGAUGGAUCCAUGAGCUCAGCUGAUGAGUUGUUUCUAAACGGCCAGAUCCGGCCGAUGAAGCUGUCGACUCAUCUUAAACGUCCACAGGUUCUAGCACCAUUACUCGAUCUCGAUGAAAAUGAGGAUGAAGAUGAGAAAAGUUUUAGAGGAAGAGAUUCUAAACUGCGGAAUAGAUCAUUGAGGAGAAGGACUAGAUCCAUGUCACCACUACGAACGACGUCGUACGAAUGGCAGGAGGAUUAUGAAGAGGAGGAAUUGGACGUAGCAGUAGUAGUCAAGGAGAAAAUGAAGAAGAACGAAAGUGAAGAGAUAAAGCAGGAUGAUAAUGAAGAAGAAACUUCAAACGAAACGACGCCGUGUCCUUCUGGUUCUUCUUCGAGGUCUUCUUCAGUCGGAAGAAGUUCAAAAAGAUGGGUAUUCCUGAAGGAAUUUCUAUACAGAAGCAAAAGCGAAGGCCGAAACAACACUCACAAGUUUUGGAGUGGGAUUUCAUUUUCACCUGUCAAAGACAAAAAACUCGACAAAAUCACAACCCCCAAAGGCGAUAAAAACUCUGCAACUGAUACAUCUGAAACUACCAAGAAAGGAAAACAGAAUGGGAAUACGAAGGAAGCGAAGAAGAAGCCAGUGAAUGGAAGUGGUAUUGGUAAGAGAAGAGUACCUCCAUCACCUCAUGAGUUACAUUACACUGCAAAUCGAGCGCAAUCUGAAGAAAUGAGGAAGAAGACAUUUUUACCAUACAGGCAAGGCUUGCUUGGAUGUUUAGGGUUCAGUUCAAAGAGUUACGGAGCAAUGAAUGGAUUUGCUAGAGCUUUGAAUCCUGUUUCUUCAAGGUAAAAAAAAAGAAGAAAAAAUGAAAUUGUAUAUCUAAUCACUUAUUAUUACUAUUAUUCCUAUAUCUAUCAUCCAUCCAUCAAGAGAGAAGGGGAGAUAUUUUUAAGUUUAUUGUAUAGAUUUUAUUUCCUUGUUAUGGUAAUGUUUUGUUUUUAUGUUA